GGGCGGGCGCGGGGACAGGGACAGGGUGGGCAUCGACGGGAGCUGUCGCCACCGGCACCGGGAGGGCGCUGGCCAUGGACGCCACCACGCUGGAGCUGGACGCGGUGAAGUUCGCGAAGCUGGCGGUGCAGCGGGACCAGAGCGGGCGCUACCAGGAAGCGGUCUUCUACUACAAGGAAGCUGCACAAGCCUUGAUUUAUGCUGGGAUGGCUGGGUCCAACUUGGAAAAUAUUCAAGAAAAAAUAAAUGAGUACUUGGAGAGAGUUCAAGCUCUCCAUUCAGCAGUUCAAUCACAGAAGACAGACCCUCUGAAGUCAAAACAACAGUUGGACUUGGAGCGUGCUCACUUCCUAGUUACUCAGGCUUUUGAUGAAGAUGAUAAAGGCAAUGCAGAAGAAGCUAUAGAGUUGUACACAGAAGCAGUGGAACUCUGUUUGAAAACAGCUACUGAAACCUCAGAAGCAGGACUCCAGUCCAAACUGAAACAGCUGGCUCGACAAGCACUGGAUAGAGCAGAAGCACUGAAGGAAUCUAUGUCAAAGUCAUCUCAGAAAGAAAAGUCAAAUGCAGCCAAACCAAAUCAGCCAGUCAGAACAUUCUUUCCAUUGGGACCUGAUUUUUCUUUAAAUGAUAAACCACAGACAAUCAGAGCAGUACAAGCUAGUGAAUCUCAAGGUCAGAGAUACACUGCAGAGGAGAUUGAAGUACUCAGGAAGACUUCAAAGAUUAAUGGCAUUGAAUAUGUACCUUUCAUGAGUGUUGAUCUGAGGGAACGUUUUGCCUUCCCUAUGCCUUUUUCCGAUAAGUGUGGGAAGCUACCAUUAUCCCCCAAACAGAAAGCAAUGUUUGCCAAGUGGGUGAGACCAGAUGACAUAACAAAUAACCCUACGAUGAUCUACACCGUAUCAAGUUUCAGCAUAAAGCAGACAAUAGUGUCAGAUUGUUCUUUCGUGGCGUCACUAGCUAUCAGUGCAGCAUAUGAAAGAAGAUACAACAAAAAAUUGAUCACGAGUAUAAUUUACCCUCAGAAUAAGAAAGGGGAACCAGAAUAUAAUCCAUGUGGUAAAUACAUGGUGAAGCUUCAUAUCAAUGGUGUUCCUAGAAAGGUAAUCAUAGAUGACCAGUUACCCGUUGAUCAUAGUGGGGAACUUCUCUGCUCUUAUUCCAAUAAUAAGAAUGAAUUAUGGGUGUCACUAAUAGAAAAAGCUUACAUGAAGGUCAUGGGAGGAUAUGAUUUUCCUGGAUCAAAUUCUAAUAUUGAUCUCCAUGCACUGACAGGUUGGAUACCUGAAAGAAUUGCAAUGCACUCUGACAAUCAAGCCUUCAAUAAAGACAACACUUUCAGAAUGCUUUAUCAGAGAUUUCACAAGGGAGAUGUCCUUAUCACAACAGCAACAGGGGUGAUGUCUGAAGAGGAAGGAGAAAAGUGGGGUUUAGUUCCAACCCAUGCAUAUGCAGUCUUGGAUAUAAGAGAAUAUAAGGGACUUCGAUUUCUUCAGCUAAAAAAUCCCUGGAGCCACUUACGUUGGAAGGGACGAUACAGUGAAAAUGACACACGAAACUGGACCCCAGACUUACAAAAAUACUUGAACUUUGAUCCCAGAACAGCUCAGAAAAUAGACAAUGGCAUUUUCUGGAUUUCCUGGGAGGACCUGUGCCAGUACUAUGAUGUUAUUUAUUUGAGUUGGAACCCAAGUCUUUUUAAAGAAUCUACAUGUAUUCACAGCACGUGGGAUGCAAAGCAGGGCCCGGUGAAGGAUGCCUACAGCCUGGCCAACAACCCUCAGUACAAGCUGGAGGUGCAGUGUCCACAGGGUGGUGCUGCUGUCUGGGUCCUGCUCAGCAGGCACAUCACUGACAAGGAUGACUUUGCACACAAUCGGGAAUUCAUUACAAUGGUUGUAUACAAGACUGAUGGCAAAAAAGUUUACUAUCCAGCUGAUCCUCCUCCUUAUAUUGAUGGUAUUCGGAUCAACAGUCCUCAUUAUCUGACCAAGAUAAAGCUGACCUCUCCAGGUUCCCAUACAUUCACCUUAGUGGUGUCCCAGUAUGAGAAACAAAACACCAUCCAUUACACCAUCAGGGUGUAUUCUGUGUGCAAGUUCACCUUUUCCAAGAUUCCCACACCCUACACCAUUUCCAAACGGGUUAAUGGACAGUGGAAAGGUCACAGUGCUGGAGGAUGUGGAAACUUCAGAGACACCUACAAAAAUAACCCCAUUUAUCAAUUCCAGCUAGACAAGAAUGGACCAUUGCUCAUUGAACUACGGGGACCGAGGCAAUACAGCGUUGGUUUUGAACUUGUCACCGUCUCAACAGUGGGAGAUCCUGGUUCCUAUGGCUUUCAGAAAAAAAGCAGUGGGGACUACAGGUGUGGAUUUUGCUACUUGGAGGUGGAGAACACAUUUGCUGGAGUUUACAACAUUAUCCCCACCACAUUCCUGCCUCAACAAGAGGGGCCUUUCUUCUUAGAUUUUAACAGUACUACUCCUCUUAAGGUGUCACAGCUGCAGUGAGGAGACAGAACUGUGCAGUGCUGUUUAAGGAGAUGGUUUUGAUCUGUCCUACAGCCUGAGAACAGGUGAAGAACCCUUAUUACACCUGCACAAAAGAUAAUUACAUCCUGAGUUAUAGCCAAAAGCAUGGAAUGAUGGAUUGCCAGGUAACUGUGGCAGGCAGUUAGCUGUGGGUUUGCUGCUAUGGUCCAGGAGUGAGCACUGUUCAACGGGCUUGGGAAUAGGCUAAAAUGCAUAUAUUCAAAUGAACCAGCAGAAGAAGAACUCAAUUUAUUGCAGUUUUUCCACACUUUGAAUCAAAGUCUAGUGAGUUACAAGAAAAACUAAUAUUGAAAUUCCCUCCUCCCCACAUACAGGGUAUAGGGGCUAAAGAUUCUAUUCUUAAAUAUAAACAUAUAAGAAAA